AUGUUUGGUACAUGGUAUUUUCUGUCUUCAGAUGCACUCGAGUUUAACUGCUGUUAUUUUAGCGCUCUGCCCUUGCUGCUCAGAAAUAAUGAAGAGACGAAGAAGCACCUCAUUGGCGACAAACACAAGAAGAUUAUGCAGUUGAAAAUGCAAGUUGCUCGCCUUCGGGCAGAACGAGACAAACUAGCAGAUUACAACAAUAAACUGGAAAUGCAGAACAUGGAAUUGAAGCAACAGGUGUUGGACUUGAGAGUUGAGAAUGCUUGUGAAGCAAAAGGACACGAGAUCCUAAGGAUGGAGUUGGGACAGAGGGAGAUUUGA